CAGGUGACUUACAAUCAGCUAGCACACCGAGAGCACUACUGGAGAAUUUUAUCAUGGCAGAGGUCAUCUUCUCGGCGGUUGUCGGAGAGUUAGCAGGUAGGUUGAUAUCUCUUCUUGUUGGCCAGUUUGAAGGCCAAGAUCAGUGCACCGAAGCCAAGCUACGAAGGAUCUGCUACAUGCUCAUCAAGGUUCACAGCGCAAUAGAGGAGGCUAGAGGGAGGCAGAUCACAAACUACGGCACCCUCGAGUGGCUAUCGGAGCUCAACGAUGGUUUGCACCAAGGCCGCUACCUGCUAGACACGGUCGGAUGCAGAGAGCAGGAAGAAACUGAAGAGGAUGAGCAUGCUCGUAAGGUAGUAGCUGCACAGCCUUUCUCCUUUUCAUCGUUUAAUCCCGCGAAGCGCGCGCGUGUAGCAGCGUGCAGUGUGAAGAGACUGUUGUCUUGCCAUGAUGUUGGUGCUCAUGAGAAGAUAGAUAGAGUGGUACACAUAUUGGAGACCGUAUCCGGUGAUCUCAAGGAGUUCCUGAUGCUCCUACAGAGCUGCCAACCGAUCCGCCGUCCUUUAGCGACUAAUAUCUUCAUCGAGGGCCAGAUGUUCGGCCGCCAUGUCGAGAAAGAGAGGAUCAUCACCUUCUUGCUGCAUGAUGGUAGUGAAAAACUGGGUGUGCUUCCGAUUGUUGGCGGCAUGGGAGUUGGGAAGACCACCCUUGCGCAGCAUGUCUGCGAUGAUGAGCGGGUGCGUAGCCACUUCCCAGUGAUCAUGUAUUCCAGUUCCUCGCAUACCUUAGCCAUGGCAACAGGCGAGCCAGCCUUUGUCCUAGAAUCCAAACACACACUUGGAGCUGCACAUAAUUUUAUCGAUGUGGUCAAGGACAACUACCUCACCAAGAGGCUCCUGAUGGUAUUUGAGGACGUCGACAUGCGCAAGAAACAGAUGUUAGAAGAAGAGUUACUGCCGAUCAUACGACGGCAUGGAAAACACGGAAGCAAAAUCAUCAUCAUCACCAGUAAUGGUAGCGUCGCAAGCAUGGGGACCAUGCAACCGAUCAAGCUGAAGUUCCUGCCGCAUCCGGAGUACUGGUUCUUCUUCAAAGCACACGCGUUUGCAGGCAGAGACGUCGAGGAGGACCUGAGGAUGGUGGCAGCAGGCAAGGCGAUCGCGAGGAAGCUAAACGGGUCAUUCUUCGGAGCCAAGAUCGUGGGAGCGGUGUUGAAAGCCCGUCCCGAUCCCCGGUUCUGGCGCAUGGUCUUGAGAAGCAACAUAGGGGGCCUGUCUCUGCUGGGUGAUGGUAUGGUACACUUUGCAGAUCUGGCGGAGAACUUGCUUCCGGGUCACGCAAACAUGUGCAGGCUGACCAUCUCUAAGAAUCCAUUCCCCUCGCAAACAGAACUGGCUAGGCUGGAUGAUCUGUGUCAGCCUAGUCCUGGUACUGACUACUUGGCAGUUGAUGAUUUCCGGUUGGCAAAUGUCUUCUUGUGCAGGUCUAUUUUGCCAUUCCAGUGCUUGUACUACACUGCUCAUUGCGCUGUGAGCGGAGGGGAUGAUUUAUCGAAGUUCAUCACGACUGGAGGAAGUGGCACUAGACUUGCCCUUGCCCACAUACCUUCAAGAAAAGGAUUUGUCCAUAGAAUCUGAUGCAAAGAAGUUAGGAUAGCUUCGUAAUGCCAAAGCAAUCGCCCCCAUAACUGGUUUGUGCAGUGCUGAAUGCUCUGUGUCUGAGCUGUACCGUUGAAUAUUUUUUUCUUCUAUGUUCUCUUUGGUGAAUGUAGGAGCUUUUGCU